AUGCGGUCCAUGAAGCUAGAGCUCGGGGGCCAACAAUCUCGAGCGGUCGUAAUUCUGAGCGACCGUAGCGGUGGCCGUGGCCUCGGCGCCGGCGGCGGCGGUAUUGGUGGAGCACGGAGGGACGGGGUGCGAAGACGGCGCAGGAACCAAGCAGUCGAACCCGCGCUCGGACCCGAACUCGGGCCAUCCGAAGAUAGCCCUUAUGCUAACCCGGCGGCAGCUGUAACCGGACACACCGUCGGGAAGCCCAUCGGAGACGGAAUCAGGAGCGGCGGCGACGGUGGUGGCGGCCGGACUGCCGCUUGGACUUGUCAUGCUUGCUCGGCCCAAAACUACGCCAUGGAUGACGAUACGCACCCGGGACAAGGACACGGCAUCGCGGAGGAAGCAGGCCAACGCUGCUCGGUGUGCGUCCAACCCAGGCGACGGUGGCGGUUGCCCGGUGGGGAGGAUGGAGAUAUUGGCGGCCUGGGUAGCGACGGCCGCAGCAGCUGCGAGGACGGAGUGCACGAGGGCGAAGAGCAACACCAGCCGCGGAGAGUGGCUGUGACGUUGGCACAGAUCCGGGGGCUGGAAGAACCGCCUGAGCCCACCCUUACUCCCGGAGAGUGGAGAGCCGUGGAAGCCAAGGCCCUGGCAAGGGGAGACGAGGCGGCGCCGUGCCCCAUCUGCCGGGAGUCGUUUCGAGGAGAGAGCCAGGUCAUCCUCAGCUGCAGCCACGUGUUUCACAAAGCGUGCCUGUCGUCAUUCGAGAAGUUUCUCCGGGCGCAAGAGAGGAGCUGCCCCCUCUGCCGCAAGGUCGACUACCAGAAGAAAGCGACGCGACAAGGGGCGGUGGCGUGGCGCCAGCGGUGCGCACGACGCCUGCAGUGCGCGUACCGGCGACACAGGGCACGGCGGCAGUACAGGGGGCUUCUGAGGAGACACUACGGGGCGGGGUUAGGGGACACCCUGAGGAGGAGGGAGUUCCUCAGCGGGCAGGCGGCGGAAACGGCGGGGAAGCUGGCUGCGGCGUUGGAGGAUCGGGGGGAUACCAUAGACAGGCUGUUCGGCGAGUUUGAUCGAAGCCUGGCUUUCAGUCGGCAAGUGUUCGGGCCCGCAUCGACAUCGACGGAUCCGCUGACAGCAACAACGGCCACAAGCAGCACGGAAGGGAACAACAACAACAACAACAACAACGGCAGUCUUUCUUCCUCGUCAACGGUGGGCAAUGAUAGCACGACGGUUACGCCCUCCAAGGAGAGGAGAGUGGUGGUGUGGAAAGAGGCGUGGGUAAAAGCGGGGGAGAGGGCGGAGGACGAGUGUCCCAUCUGCAUGUGCCCCAUGCAGCCGAUUCCACCUAGUACUAGCGGCGACUGCAACGACGGUACCGGCACCGAUGCCGCAGGCUCGCUACUCCCUUCAGAGAGGGACGCGGCCGCUUCAGAAGACAUCGCACGCGCCGCCGCCGUCACCGAGUCGCCUUUAAAGACGGAUCCGCCAGAGGCGGCAUCAAAAUCUCAGCGUGGUGUCGGGGAGGCGGACGUUGAGGAAGCAGCGCCGCUUCCAACAGGAGAAGGGAAUUGGCCCGACGUGCGGAGAGCAGGCGGGCCGCAGCACGUAGCAGAAGAAAAGCACGGCGUGACACCAGCCGGUUCGGUUGCGGCACCAAUGAGCAAGGUGGGAGAACACCGGCCGCCAAGAGCCGUCCGGAAACAACGGGAGAGGUUGUUGCUGAGCUGCAGCCACGUUUUCCACAAGGCGGUGAGUACGGAGGCCUCGGGGUUCCAAUGCGCAACUAACAAAUGGCAACGGGGGGGGGGGUGA